UGCAGCAGCAGAAGGGGCAGCAUCAGCUGGCCGAGGCUGAGCUGCAACACUGAUCUGGAAACUGAUGCCAUUGUUUUCUAACACGUACUCACCUCCUCAUGUCUGCAUUGAUCUGGUCUUGGCUCUGGUGCCUGUGUCUAUUGCUGGGCAGUUCCAUUGACGUCACGCGGGCCAAGCGUAUCCAUCAUAAAUAUCAGACGCACAGCAAUCGAAUUGUUGGCGGCCAGGAGGCGGCAGAGGGUGCCGCACCUUAUCAGGUCUCGAUACAAACGAGUUGGCGAACAAAUAUCUGCGGUGGAGUCAUCAUCGAUGAGCGCUGGAUCCUGACCGCCGGCCAUUGUGCCCUCGAUUUUGCCAUCGAGGAGCUGCGCAUUGUAGUGGGCACAAAUGAUAGACUCGCUCCGGGACAGAUGCUCCAUGUGGACGAGGCCAUUGUGCACAGCAUGUACGAUAUACCGGCCGUCUAUGCCAAUGACAUUGGUCUGCUCCAUCUGAACGAGUCGAUUGUGUGGAACGAGCGCACCCAAGCGGCCGCACUGAGUGCACAACAGCCACCAGCUGGUGCCACGGUCAUCCUGACCGGCUGGGGUGCACCCGAACUCAACUGGCCAUACGAGCAGCUGCUGCGGACGAUCAAUCUGACGAUCAUCGAUCGUGCCGAGUGUAGGGCCGCCUGGGAUUACACCGAUGGCGUCGACAUUGGACACCUUUGCACCUAUACGCGGGAAGGCGAGGGCGCCUGCAACGGCGACUCGGGUGGCCCGCUCAUGUGGCAGGGCAAGCUGGUAGGCGUGGUCAAUUGGGGUGCACCCUGUGCCGUUGGCAAGCCGGAUAUGCAUGCGAAUACCAUCUACUAUGCGGACUGGAUACGACGCACCAUCGCCGGUUGCAAGCAGCGUGUAAAUUAAUUUAUUAAUUUAUUUAUGUGGAUCUAUAUAAAUAAUUGCACGAUCAUUGUUAAAAUUGAAGCUUGGACAGUUUAAAGUCCUGUCUGCUAAUGGACAUCCAAUUCUUUUAUGGUUUUGUUUUUAUCGGAAAAUUUGGUGCUUAAAUUGAGUAUUAUUCAGAGGCUAAUAAAAGUUAUUGCGCUCGACGCAUUAA